AUGCGAUCCGCGUUACUUUGCGUUCUCUUUACACUAAUUAUACACAAGGGGACACGAGGCGAUGACUUCAGACCGACGCCAAUACCGCUGGACGAAUGGCACCCGACGAAGCGAGACGAGUCAGCCGGGACGUUACACGAAGUUAUCAAGACGGAGUCACCGCCCUCCGUAGCAGCCGUCCCGGCCCACUACUGGGAGGAUGCUUUGAGACACAGCGUCUAUCUUACUCUAGUGAGGGACAAAAUAGACGCACUCAUCGCGCAAGGCGACGUCAUCUCACCCAAUAGCAAGUUGGAUCAAACCGUAUCGAAGGAAGUAGAUGACCACGACCUAUGGGAGAAAAUUAAAAAAGCUCCGUUUGAAAGGUUGCAAUCUGAUGAAGUCAAUUCCAUGGGGGACGUAGCUAUUAUGGCAAAAGGCAGGCUACUAGAAAACGAAUCGGGCUUUCGUUUCACAGAGGACAAUAGGACCCAAGAUAAUUGCAAUAACGAGAGGUGCGCCGAAGGUGUAAAAGCUUUCUGGUCAGUGAAGCGUGUGAGACAAAGGGACCAGGAAACGUCUCCCGGAAAAUACCACUACGAGUUAACUUUCUCGGUCGUAUCUCAAAUACCAAAAAAGCAAAAAAAACCUUACGAGAAUCCCAUAAGAACGUUCACGGUACGUGAAACAUCGCCAGAUCGAAAGAUUGAACUCCCACAAGAGAAUAGAAAAUAUGAUGUACCUCAAUUCCAAGCUGCGAGGCCGCAUAGAGCUAUCUGGUUUCACAAAAACAUAGUUCCUAUCCCGCCGCACACAAGGCGUCCGCCAUAUAGAGGCUUGGAUAGAAUAUUUUCAUCAAUAUUUUCCGACGAUGACGAUACCAGUUAUGACCAACCUCAACCUAAGUAUAGAAGCAACUCCGGACCAUAUCAAUAUUCAAAGAUUGGUCACGCCGGACCUUCUUUUGAUUAUCAUGGCCAGAAAAAACCGAUAGCAUAUCCAUACAAACAAUCACAGCCCUAUAAGUAUGUUCGACCACCUCUACAAGCUCCUCCUGCCGGUCCCCUCCAGCAUCAUUACCUUGAUUAUGAUUCGAGUCCUAUAAUAAACGGAAAUCCAUAUUCACCUCAUGAUUCUCGAGUUUCUCCAACGCAAACAGUCAAGACUACGAGACCAGCUGUCCUGCCUACACCGCUUCCGAUAACGCCACCUCAAAAAGAUCAAAUCUUUGAUUUGGGUAGUCCGAUGCUUAUUGAGAGCGCGGAGAAUUCAGAGAACAUAACUAGAUUUACAGAAAUGAACGUUGUUCAUAAGAAUCCUACGAAAAUGAAGCCCACGUCGCUUAAAGGUCAUUUCCCGGAACACAUACGUCCGCCGGUAUAUAACGCUCCGCCUGGCGUGUUUGUCACUAUGGACAAAAAGCCUUUCAAACCGAUGCCUCCGCUGAAGCUCGUUCAUAACGCCAAGCCUCAUAGGGUCAACAAGCCAGUUGACUUCAGGCCAAGUCCGCAAGUUCAUGACUCGCAAUCUCCUGGCUCGGAUCCGUUGUUUGAGACGGCGUUUAGACCUAUAACUGUCAACUACGCAGAUAUUAGCACUACCGAGAGAAUCGAACUGACACAUGUGAAAAAGGGUAAUAAUAAACAACGAAAAACGACGAAUAAGAAGCCGUCAAAAAAGCAUCAAAAUAUAAAAUCUAAUAGAGUAACCACGCCUGUUCCAGAUAUAAUAACUGCACAAAGCAACGUAGAAGAUGAGCUCGAGGAGUUGAAUUGGGCAAAUGUGCUUUCGGCUUUCACCAAAACUACACCAAUGGUACUGCCAACUGAGAAACUGGUCCCUAUAGAAACCACAACCAGUUUCUUGGAUAAUAGCACCACGGUUGCCGCGACAACACCCAAGAAACCAAAAGAUAUUUCAGAGGCCACUACAGAGUCGACAACAACGACCACUUAUACUAACCGUAUAACAACAAGCACUACACUCAGACCAAAGAAACGAACCCGUCCUCCACCAAAGUUCACGAAACAAGAUAAAUUUAAAAAACACAAAAGAAUAACGACACCUCCAACGUUUGAUGUACCGGAUAGAUCCAUAGUAAGAAAACCGUCCACAGAUCCUCCAUCUAGCGCUAGCACUACUGCAAGAGGUAUAUAUAAAUCAUUCUGGGACGCCAAGAACAACAAAACGCAUGCGACAUCUUCAACUACAACUACAACUAGUACAUCAACCGUACGCCCGACAACAACGAAAACAGUUAGCACAACGAUAAAACAAGUAAGCACCACACCAUUGCACUCAACAACAACUUUCCUUCCAAGAGAAACACCGACCACACCGAAAUCCGAUGUAACAGUGUCCACAACAAGUCUGCCGCGAAGUAGGAACCGUUUUAGACAAUCCACUUUGUUCUACAAGGGAACGUCUGUUAAACACGAUAAGUGGUCUUUCAGAAACAAUGGUACUUCACAACCCGAGAAGAACUACAGGAGAACAUCAAAUUUCCAGGGAUAUGUCACAUCUACGACACCAUUUAGUUCUCAGAAAGUUACAGAACCCAUAACAAGUAGCACUGUGGCUACAGAAGGCACUAGUACAACAGAGAAGACAGUUAUCAAUAAGUCGGUUGAGAAACUAGAAAACAAUAGAAUAUUACCAUCCGACACAAACAAUGAGAAUGAAACAGAAAAUGACGAAGAAGAGACGCGUGACCAUUCAGAAUACAUCUUUGACCAUUCCACUGCGACAAACUAUAACAGUAACGAAGUGAUUGGUCUAGAUGCAACGACUACAGAAAUUAUACCACCGCAGUUCGAUUCUCCAAAGAAUAAAACCAAAUGUAAAAAAAAGAGGUUGAAUGCAACCAUUGAAGUACCAGAAAGUUCUACUGAACAAUCAACUCCUAAAAGUACUACCGAAGACUCUACAGAUGAUAUAUUUGAACAACUUUUCGGUUUCAAUCUUAAUUCUGAAUCUAGUACCCCAAAAGACAUGUCACAGCAAGAAUUAUUGGAAGUAGGAAGUUCGCAUCAUGCUAGUUUUUUAAGAGCAGAUGAUGAUCUUACUGAUUUUAUGGCUGAAUUUAAUAAGAAACACAAGCGACCAGAUCCUUCGUCCGAAGAGGAUUAUGAAGAAGGCGACGAAGACGAUGACAAUAAUGAUGAUGAUGAUGAAGACGAUGACGACCAACGCAGUGAUGAGGAAUCAGGCGAUGAUGAAGGUGAUGAACCUUCUCAAUUAGAAGACGGUGAAGAAAAGGAAUCUAGUAGGGAUUCACGUUACGAGAGCUAUGAUUUAGGACGUCCAUACAGUUUCCUAGAGUUAAUGGCGAUGGAAUAG